CUAAAAAGAAUAAUACGUAAAAGAAGCACAGUUAAAAAGUUGAGGCGUCAUUACACGUUUAUACCUUUUAGUUUUGGUUUAGCUGUUGUUGUUGUCGUUAAAUUUGUUGUUUUUGUUAUAACUACACCUUUUUAUUUAACUAAAGUUAAAUAAUCUUUUAUCUUAGAUUCAGUUAAAAAUUAGGAACAUUUUCGUAUCAUGUCGAAGUUCAGAAAAUAGAUUGAGAAAUUAAUUUGGGAAAACAAAGUAAAACCGAAAAUAAUUAAGAAAUUAAAAUAAUUAAUCAACUGUUUCGAAAUCUUCAAAUAUAUACAUCGUUUUGAGAGAGACUAUAAGUUAUCAAAUGUUUCAUGGAUUUGUACCUUUAAACAAAAUAAAAAUUAAGUUGUUAAGAAUCUUAGAAGUUGAAAAGCUGAAAAAGAAAAGAAAAAAACUUUAUGGAAUAUCUGCUAUUUCAUAAAAAAACUUGUAGGCUCCACGGCUUUGCUCCAUUCAUUUUGUUUUACAACAGGAAGCUCGUUUGACAGUCUUGAAAUCAUCUCAAAUAAUAAUGGAUUAAAGUCAACGUACAUUCGGAUGCCCAGGGUUCAAUUUUGUGGUCAAAAAUAUGGUUUAAAAAUAGUUUUUGUUUUAUAAACAAACGUUCUUUUCCUUAUUAUAUAAAACUGAAUGGGAACACAAGCUUUAAAUUUUAAGAAUCUGUUUAUUAUCUCUCCUUCAGUUUUCACGCCUUUAACAGAAAUUAAAUCAAAAAAUAAACAACACAACUCUUCUACGUAUAGCGACAAUUGAGUGGUAACUAGAUGGCAAUGUACAGUAAUUAAAAGACACUGAGAUUUUAAAUCAAAAAUGGAAAGAAUUUAUAUGAUCUGCAUCCUUUUCGUUUUUGUUAGCAAUACUUAUGGGAACAACCCCAAAUUGAAUUGUGAACCCCGACUACGAAUAGUAUCAACAGAACAAGAUGGAGACUUUUAUAGCCCAUCUCGUGUACAGGUUUACAGAUGCGACGGUGGGGUAAAACAACCAAGCCACUAUCAUUGUGUUGCCAAAAAUAUCGCUAAAGUGUACUUUAUACUAACAAAUUCAGACAUCAAUAAAAAAAACAACAUAUCUAUCGUCAAUCAUACGAGCUGUGAAGAAAAAUGCGUCUGCAAAUGCCCUGGUGAAACUCAUACGCCUGAUUGUCCUUCUCAGAUGAGUUGGGACCAAGAAGCAUGCAUGUGUAUAGCAGAACAAAGCAAAACUGAAUGUGCAACUGGACAUACUGGGGGAAAAGGCCAAAUUUCUGUGGUCAUGUUCGUAGUUUCGUUAUUCAUUGAAUUGGUUGCUGUGUUAAUAAUUGUAUUUUUGGUCGUCGAUGCGUGCAAGUAUAAAAAGCAUUCGGAAGGAGUAAUUUACCGCACAACACAGUUUGUACGUCAAAUAUCCAGUGGUGAAAACGAAGGAUUUCGAUGCAACACGUUAAAGAGAGAACGCGACACAAGUGGAUCAGUCACUCUACUUUACGAUAUAAGAAAUGGUAAUGUUCCGAACGGUAAAGCUGAUAUAUAAGAAAGUUUUUAUGAUUCACUUUUUCAUAACAACAGCUGGCUGUUUCCUACAGAAGAAAGUUAUGAACAGUUUUACUUCGCCGAUUAUACACAAAUUAUGAAACGUCAUAUGAUCCAUUUCAAGAUAGCUACAAACUUAGAAAGCAUAUUUUCUAUAGCAUACGACAAUGUGUGCACGUGUAUUUAUUGUUUGCAAAGAGGGUUUAGUACAUAUGAAAAUGCAUGUUCAACCGUCUCGAAUGAUUUCGGUCACUUAUGCAAAUAGACGCUAUUUCUUUCACUACUGUUCUUUUUUCGUCAAACCAUUGUAGAUAUUUAUUAAAGUAAACACUAGCUAGACUUAUUUAUUCAUAAAAAAAUAUGAUUUUUAAAUGUGCCCCAGUGAAAUAUAAAUUUAAUCUAACAACAUAUUCUUAAAAACUGGAACGAACGAUUCCAACAACCCUGCUGCUAUAUUUGUGACACUUAAAAUUAUCUUCAUCGAAAGUAGCUGUUAAAGCGGCUACAAAACGAUUCAAAUAAGCUCUCCGACAUGGGCAACUCUCCAUCCUCGCACAUCUGAAUGACGGUGUGUAAUAAAUAGACCUUGUACAAGAAGUUAUAUGCACUUCACAACUGUACAAACAACCUGUAAUAAAUAAUUUAUUUUUUAUGAUGAAUUUGAUAUUUUUACUUGCUAUUUUCUAUUAAAAAGAAAAAUUUUCUUUUAA